CUGACGACACCUUGUCCCAAGCGAAUUCAACAGCAUCCCACCACACCCGUUGCCCGCGAUUCUGUUUCGGCGCUUUCUCGCCCUUCGCCCCGGGGCACGGCACUUGGUUAAAACACGAUCACUGCCAUAGGCCAUCUCAGGGCUAGAACUCAUCAUGUCCGGCUCCGGAUACGACGCGGUGGUGGACGUGGACGACGAGGGCGACCUCGGUCACACAGACCUUCAAGAGGACCUCGAAUUCCACAACUCCAAUUUCCACGACGCAGCAGCCGGCGGCCGAAAGGGUGCGCCGUCGAGCCUGCCCCCGCCCGUCACGGCCCCGUCGUCGUCGUCGUCGUCGAAGCGCUUCCUCUGGUCCAUGUCCUUCUACGCGCAGUUCUUCGACGUGGACACAUCGGCGGUGCUGUCGCGCUGCUGGGCGGCUCUGUAUCCGCGGGCAAACUUCCUCGACGUGCUCGAAGGCAACCCGGACCUGUAUGGGCCGUUUUGGAUCGCGACGACGGUGGUCCUGAUUCUCUUCCUGGGUGGCACCAUCAGCCAAUACCUUUCAACAACGGGCAGUACGCCAUUUGCGUACGACUUUAGGCUAUUGAGCGGAGCGGCCGGCCUCAUCUACGGGUACACGCUCUUCAUUCCGGUGGCGCUGUUCCUCGCGCUCCGAUAUUUUGGCAGCGAGUCGGCCAACCUGCUCGAGUGCUGGGCGCUGUACGGCUACUCGAACCUCAUCUGGAUCCCCGUCGCCGUCAUCAGCUGGUCGCCCAUCACCAUUCUCAACUGGGUCUUCGUGGGCGUCGGCUUCGGCAUGUCGGUGGCCUUCCUGCUGCGCAACCUGUACCCCGUCCUGAGCGCCACGGAUCGCCAGGUCAGCAAGGUGCUUCUCAUCAUCGUCGUGGUCCUCCACGCCGGCCUGGCACUCACCAUCAAGAUCCUCUUCUUUGCGCACGGCAGCCCUGUGGCGCGUCCCCCCGGAGAGGGCGGCCCGGACAACCAGACGGGCGAUAAGACGCCUCCGAGAAUGUUCUGAGAGUUGUUGGGCGAUGCGCGUUUUAAGAGGGUUGGCUUCCUAGCUGACAUGUUGCUUGAGCACGGGUGGGAGCCUGCAGCGUGCGGCGCCAAGGACCGGGACGUCUGCAAUUGCGAGGGGAGGGAUGGAAACAAGAUGCGCCACAGGCACCGCCGAAGGUGUAAUUACACCUGUAUUUUGUACCAUACGGAGAGCGCAGUUUGUCUACUUGGGCGGCGCUCAUUGCUGCUGAUAUAUCAAUGCCGGUUUUCGUCGACCCUAGCUCUCUCUGGUCGUGUGUUUCUGUGUCCAUCAAACUUGGUCGGGUGCUUUACAUUCGGGGCGCAUCAGAGUUGUCAAAUCUCUUACCGCCCGCCCCAUC